GAGAUCAUGGGAGCGAACGACCAAGAUGGUCAGGAGAUGUUGAGCGGAAAUGUCGAAACCACUGACCACGGGCUGAAGAGCGCACGACUUCUGCACGUAGCAGCAGGACGGGUCCAACAAGAAGGACAGCAAGAACCUCCCCCCUCAAGAAUUCCGAACUUUCUCGACCGGCGCCCUUGGCCCGAGGAUUUAUCGCCAGUUGUCGUGGCAUCCGAUUGCGAGACGGAUAGCAUUUUUUCGGAGGAAGAGUACCUUGUCGCAGUCGCGGAGCAACUCACGGUGUGCACUCACCAAUACGUCACGGAAGCGCGGAGGUUGAUUGUCCGGACGAACGACGGGAUGAUCAACACGA